AUGCCUACGGUCAGACCGUAUCUUCCGCCGGUGGGUUCCCCUACGUUCGCGGCUGAUUUAGAGCGAACGGUGGUUGUUAGUUCUGUACAGUUGGAGAAUGAAGGAAUCUUUGAGCAGCCUGAUGUCGUGGGCACCGGUGGUUGCCAGUUACCUUAUAUGGAAGGCUUUGGUGAACCUGAUAGAGUAGAGAAUGCAAUGUGUGACGAUGACUCUGACCAGGAGCUUGUUGAUAUCAUCGGGGACAGCGACGACGACACAGGUGCCAAUCCACAUGCGCAGCAUGGGCCUUCAAGUUCUGCUUCUCAACAGUACCCUCCACACUUCUCCACACUAAACUUGGAGGUUCUUGGUCAACAGGAGAACGGUGGUAACACGGUCGGGGGCUCUUCUACAGAAUUUCAGAUUGGGCAAUCUUUCCAGAAUAAAGAUGAGACUGUGCUGAGUGUGAAGGACUAUAGCAUCCGGCGAGGUGUUGAGUACAGAGUCAUAGAAUCAGAUCAUCUGAAGGCAGAUGCUGCAGUUACGGUAAAAGUACUGCAACAAGCUACAGAAGCCGAUUAUGGUUUCAGGCUUAGUUACAGGAAGGUUUGGAUGGCGAAGCAGAAGGUAGUGGCACAAAUAUAUGGAGAUUGGGAAGAGUCGUACGCGGAGUUGCCAUGUUGGAUGCUAGGAGUACAGUCAACAAUGGCCGGAACAAUAACCAUGUUGAAGACCUCUCCUGUUCGGCUUCGUGGUGAGGUUGAUGAGUCGACGGUGUACUUUCACCGAUUAUUCUGGACAUUCCCACCGUGUAUCGAGGCAUUCCGUCAUUGCAAGUCCCUCGUCAGUAUUGAUGCGAUAGCGCAGGAUGGGAACUCCAACAUCCUCCCUAUUGCAUUCGCCCUUGUGGAAGGAGAAAAUGUAGAGUCGUGGUCAUUCUUCUUGUCCAACCUACGAGAGCAUGUGACUCCUCAGGAGGCUAUCCUUGUAAUCUCUGACAGGCAUAACGGGAUCAAGGCAACGCUUGAGGCACCUGAGACUGGGUGGCUGCCUCCACGUGCUUUCUGA